AUGGCGGCGCUCAGGAGGGAGACAGUUGCAGUGCUUGUAUUAAUAUUUAUCAGUUUAUAUACCGCGUGUAAAUGCAACGAUGAUAAAAAACCGAGCGAUUCAGUUUUAGAGUCUAAAAUAGAACAAAGCGUGCAGAGAUCUGAUACGCAGCAGCAGGUACACGAGAAAUCAGAUGAUGACAGUGAGAGGGAUCAGGGAGAGGAUCAGCAGUGGCAGGAAACUCAGAUGGACGUGAAUGAAGCUGAUAGUGAUCAAACAACUGAUGAUGAAUCGGGGAGGAUCGAUGCUGCAGAAGACAGCACAUCAUACACAGCACCACCUGCUAAAGACCAGUUUCAGGAGGAGCUGGUGAUCCGACCUCUCCAUUCAGGAGAUAUUUAUGCUAGUUUCCAGUUCCGCACACUGUGGGACUCGGAUUUUCUACAAGAAGGAAAGAAAGUUUCCCACUAUCGUCUUUUCCCGAAGUCCCUGGGCCAGGUGCUGUCCAAAUUUUCGGUGCAAGAGCUGCAUAUCUCCUUCACACAGGGCUACUGGAGGACCAUGCACUGGGGGCAGCCGUUCAUUCCUUCUCCUCCCGGAGCCGAGCUCUGGGUCUGGUUCCACAACAGCGUCAAAAAUGUGGAUGAGAACUGGAAGGAGCUCACUAAUGUGCUGUCAGGCAUCUUCUGUGCCUCCCUUAAUUUUAUCGACUCGACCAAUACGGUGGAGCCUAGUGCCUCUUUUAAACCCCUGGGACUGAGAAAUGUUACUGACCAUCGCUUCCUACGCUACGCCACACUCCCGCGUGAAAUCGUCUGUACAGAAAACCUGACCCCUUGGAAGAAGCUUCUGCCUUGUGGCUCCAAGGCAGGUCUAGCAGUGCUGCUAAAGUCUGAGAAGCUUUUCCACAGUAGUUUCCACUCAGAGGGUGUACAUAUCAGACCUGUUUGUAAGGAUUCUAAGUGUACAAGCACUGCAUGGGAACUGAGACAGACCCUCAAUGUGGUGUUUGAUCUCUACACUUCUGGACAGGGCAAAAAAGAGUGGUCUCUCUUCAAGAUGUUCUCUCGUACUGUGACCGAGGCUUGCCCUCUAGCAUCUUCUAGCAAAAUCUAUGUGGAUAUCACAGACAACCCAGAGGAGGAGCUGUUUAGCUUGAGUCCAGCCACCCCAAUCCUCAACACGUCCAUUGUGCUCGGAGAUCGCAGGACUUAUGCAGUGUAUGAUCUGACCAGAACAGAGACCUUUGGUCAGCUGCGGUCUCUCAAUCCUCUAUUGCGCUGGAAAGGGGAUGGUGGGGACAUGCUGCGUCCACUGCUUCACGCAGAGCGCUAUGUGGCAGGAUUUGGACUUCAGACUGGCGAGAUACACACACUGAUCUAUAAUAACCAUCCAUACAGGGCUUUCCCUGUGCUUCUGCUAGAGUCUGUGCCCUGGUAUUUACGACUCUACAUUCACACCCUUACUGUAAUCAGCAAGUCUCAUGAGAACAAACCAAGCUACAUUCACUACCAGCCUUCUAAAGACCGCCUGCGUCCUCAUCUCCUCGAGAUGCUUAUACAGUUGCCCCCUCAUUCAGUCACUGAGGUGAAAGUGGAGUUUGAGAGAGCUCUGCUGAAAUGGACAGAAUACACUCCAGAUCCUAAUCACGGUUUCUAUGUCGGAUCCUCUGUGAUUAGUGCUCUUGUGCCAAGUGUCGUUGCCAUGGACACCACCACCACUCUGGAGCAACCUCUCUUCAGCUCCUUCUUCCACACUAAGGAGGAGUCGAGUUACUUUGUGCGCUUGUACACCGAGCCAUUGCUGGUCAAUUUGCCCACGCCGGAUUUCAGUAUGCCCUACAACGUGAUCUGCCUGACCUGCACGGUGGUGGCCGUGGCCUACGGCUCUUUCUACAACCUGCUGACCCGCACGUUUCAAGUGCAGGAGCCAAGCCCACCGCUCGCUAAACGCCUGGCCAACGUCAUCCGCCGCAUACGCGGGGUGCCGCCUCUCUGAAGGACGCAAAUCUAACUUUUUGAAGGUUUGUCUACUUGAAAAGGAGGUACAAAUGAACAAAGAGCUGAGGUCUCAGGGGUGUUUAAGGGGACAGUGUUUUGGGGUUGCCUGAUAAUUUUAACUCGGCUGCGAAGAAAGGAACUUGGAAGAAUAACCAUGAACCUUUUGUUAGUUUUGGGGGGGGGUUUGUUAACACUGGCUUGGAUUUGGCGCAUGAGGAAUUUAUUUAAAUCUGAUAUUACGGGGGAAAGACACUUGAAGUGGAGAGAAAUAUGAAACCCAUUUGAUUGAUAUCAUAUGGGCCACAGCAUUACUAACUCUCCUGCUUAGCAAGUCCAGUGAAAUCUACCAUUAUGCUGCACUGAUGUUAUAUUUAACAAGAAUUGAUUUGAGUACUAGGCUGCUUUCUUAAAACAAGGCUUUAAAUUGUGAACUAUUUGGAAAAGUAUUAAGCAGACAAGCAAAAGCAAAAGAUCAGUAAUUUCCCUGCACUUAUUUAUACAGUUUUUUUUAUGUUGUAAAUAAGAACUUGGCUGUAUUUAUUGUUUCCACACAAUAAAUUUAUGCAACCAGUCACA